AGGAGCAAGAAUUAAAAUUAAAGGGAAUAAUUAUUCCCAAAUAUAUACGUCUUCGUGGAUUACCUUGGUCGGCUAGACAUCAAGAAAUAUUAGAUUUUUUAAAAAAUGUUAAUGUAAUUGACGGUUCCAAGGGCAUACAUUUAGUGACUAAUCGUUGGGAUGGAAAGAACACUGGUGAAGCUUAUGUCGAAGUGGAGAGUGCAAAAGAUGUAGAGGAAGCACGUAAAUUGAACAAAGCAUCUAUGGGACAUCGGUAUAUAGAAGUGUUUACUGCUUCUUCUAAGGAGGCAAAGGAAGCCAUGCGUAAAACUAGUAGUCAUGGUAUGUCUUACGUUGUCAAGUUACGUGGCUUACCCUAUGCUGUAACGGAGCAGCAAAUCGAGGAAUUCUUUAAUGGGUUGGAAAUCAAACCGGAUCGGGAGGGGAUUCUUUUUGUUAUGGACAGAAGGGGUCGUGCAACAGGGGAAGCAUUUGUUCAGUUUGAAAGCCAGGAAGACACUGAACAAGCCUUGGGACGAAAUCGGGAAAAAAUUGGGCACAGGUACAUUGAAAUUUUUCGCAGUUCUUUGGCUGAAUUAAAACGUGCAGCAUCAGGUAAUGGACGACCCAGUCCAUAUGAUAUUAGAGACCGUGGGGGAAACCGUGGCAACGAUUAUGGACGCAACAAUAUGCGCGGUAACAAUGAUUGGGGUGGCAAUGGUGGCAAUGGUGGCAGUUUUGGCAUCGGUGCCAAUAACACUUUGGGAUUCAAUAACUUGCCCGGACUAAUGAAUUCUGGAAAUUUUGGAAAUAGUUUUGGGUCUAACAAUGGCAACGGUGGAAAUUUUGGCAACAAUUUUGGAAAUAACGGAGGAGGUUUCGGCAAUGGAAAUAACAACAAUAGUGGUUUCGGUGGCAAUAAUCGUUUUAAUAAUAGUAAUGGAAACUUUGGAAACGAUUUUGGAGAUUUUAAUAAUUUUGGUAAUAAUCGAAAUUUCAACAACGGCAAUGGCAAUAACAAUGAUUUUGGUGGUAACAAUAUGCGUGGUAAUAACGGCAACAAUUUCGGAAAUAAUAAUUUUGGUAACGGCAAUAAUAUGGGAAGCAGUGGAUUUAAUGGUAACAAUCAUGGUAAUAACUUUGGACCAAUCGGUGGAGGACGUUCUGAAAGUGAAUAUUUUACUAUACACAUGCGAGGUCUACCUUACUCAUCCUUUGAAAAUGAUGUUUUUAAGUUCUUCGAUCCAAUGCGGCCAGCUAAUGUACGCAUAAACUUCAAUAAAAAAGGCUUGCACAGUGGUACUGCUGAUGCCUUUUUUGAUACUUAUGAGGACGCCCAAUUGGCUAUGAAGAGACAUAGAGAGCAAAUGGGCUCCCGUUAUAUUGAAUUAUUUUUUGAUGGAAAAACUAAGAGUAAUAAUAAUUUUUCACGACGCAUUUAAAUGAUAAAAAUUUCAAUUUACUGUAAUAUGUAGAAUUAUUUGAAACAAAUUAAUGUCACACAAUAUUACUUAUUAUGUAAAAAUACUAAAUAAAUUAUAAAUAAUAUUUGUUUCAUUUAUUUCUAAAAACAGUAUAUACUAAGCAAUAAUCUGGUAAAAAUUAAAAAUUUGAUAUCCUCUGAACUCAAUUACAAUAUUAUACUUAAUGUAUUUUUAUAUAAUUUAGUAUUAACAUUAAGAAACUUAUACAGUCAUUGAAAGACAACAUUGAAUGUUUGAAUUAAUAAAUAAAUCUUAAUAUG